AUGGCCAAUAAGAGAAGGGCCAAAAAGAUACAGGCACCAUACCGAAGGUAUGUGUAUCGCCUGAACUUCACAGAAGCCAAUAGUAGUGAUGAAGAAGAAGAGGAAGAUGUAUUAGAGAAUGAUGUGGCCAAGAAGGAUGUGUAUGGGACCACGUUGCAGAAUUUCAAGGCAAAUUCACACAUUAUCUCCACGUAUGUGUUAACAAACAGGUUUGUUUUCAAGGGGAAUAUAUGGCCAAGAUCACAAUUUGAAAAGAUUGAUGUGUUGCAAUGUGCCCUAACAAAUCAAAAUAAGAACUUUGAAGAGAAUAUGGAGAGAGCCAAGUUUGAGCUAGAGAAUGAACUGAAACUUAUGAAACUUCCAGUGGAAAUAAUCGUAAAGAUCUUGGAGAUUUUAGAUGCACGAGGGAAAUUGAAACCAAAGUUUUUAAGAGUUUGUAAACUUUUUUACCUUAUAGCCUUCCCCAUGAUAUACCGUCGUCCGCAUCUAAAGGCUACAAACUUCUUUCUGUUUGUAGAGACCAUGUCACUGAACAAAAAGUCUGGAGAAUAUGUGCAAGAACUCGAUCUCUCCAGUGUCAUUCAAAGUGGCAAAAAUGCCUUUGUACUGAAAUUAUUGAAACGUUCGAAAAAGCAAUUAAGGGUAUUUGUUGCCCCACAAACCAGUUUCGGUCUUGCACCAUUACUUUCACUUAAAAAUUGUCAUCAAUUACGAAUCCUUGACCUUCGACUUGUUUCUGAAACUUUAGAUCUUCGUGAACUUUUCAACUCCAUCGAAGCACUUCAAAACCUUACCCAUCUUUCCUUUCCACGAUCAUCUGUGGCCAUUAAUAACUUCAAUAAUGUCAACUGGCCUCCACAACUAUCCUUUCUAAGAUUAUCAGGAGGAAUCUCCGACGAUUUCUUACUUGAAACUAAAUUCCCCUCCACCAUUACCCAACUUGAAUUUUCUCAUUGUCCAGCCAUAAAGGAAUUCGGAUUCCAACAACUUAUACGGAAAAUGGGGAAAACCCUCAAGACACUUAAAGUACAAUACCCAAUGCCUGGACUUCGGGAAAAAUCCCUUGACCCUGUAUUCUAUUAUUGCCCAAAUCUACUUGUUCUAGAAGUAGCUGUAGAUUACGUAUCGAGUUCCUUUUUCGACGAAGAGAACUUAGGAUACAUGGAAUACCCUCGCCCGUUGAAAACAAUGUAUCUCGAGAGUAGUGGGAUGUUGGGGACUUCCACUAGACUUGACCCUAUUGAUCUAGCCGUUGCCUUGAACGAUGAACGUCUUCCAAAUUUGAAAAAUAUCCGUUGUACUGCCAAAUUGGGCUGGGACCCAAAGUCAGAGUACGUCGACUUCAUCGUAAACGCCCUAGAUGAACGAGGAGGAGGUAUUUAUAUCGGUUACUAA